AUGGAUAUGGAAGCAUCUAAACUGAAAGACGAUAUCAGAGCUGAUUCCUCGACUGCAGCUUCACACGUCACAAGCCGCUCAAGCCAUCCAGCAUCUACACCUCCAAACAGCGCAGCUGAAGCCGAGAUAUCAAGAAUCAAAUCAUCUGCCCGUGCAAAAAUGGAAGGGAGUUUCACCAAACUCUGGGACAAGAUUUGCGAAACUGUCUUGGAAUGUCAAAACGACACCCCCAACAUUGCGCAAAAGGAAGUCGAACUCGAGCAAGCCCGCAGGGAUAUCCAGAAACUUGAGGAACGCAUUCGCCAGCAAGAAGAAGAAAUAAUUCGCUAUCGAUAUCAGACAUUUCGCUCCAUCGACUCAACUGGAAUAAGUGACCGACAGAUUUCUGACGAGCUAACCAACAUCUACAUGGGGCUUUCCAAUUGGGUUGAAGGACUUCCCGAGCCUGCGCACGGCGGCUGUGACUGGGAAGCGGUGUUUCAUUUCAUGGCUUGCGAGGGAUAUCAGUUGAGCUUCAACGAGCUGAUCGCUUACAAACAAGCAGCAGAUGCGCAAGAGGAGUUGGUGAAGCACGUUGUCUUUUCCAUUCUGUGGGCAAAUAUCUUUGGGCCGCUCCUUGUUGGAGCGAGUGGAGAACAAAAUUCAUGGCUUGGGGAACUGUGCUCAAGAAUGAAGCUUCUUCAGCCUGAAAAAGGUAUUUUCUCGUUCAAUACCAGUCCGAAAGAGUUUGACUAA